GCACCCACAACUGACUUGAUUCGUCAUGGGCUGAUUUGCGUGCCAUGCCACCCAAAGGGAAGGCAAAGGCAGGUGCAAAAGCAAAAGCAGAUGCCAAAGCGAAGGCUGCUCCAAAGAAGGCAGCCGAGCCCUCAAAGCCUGCGCCAACAGCCACGCCCUCCGAGCCCUCCGAGCCCUCCGAGCCCUCCGAGUUGCCAGCCACCCCAGCCGCAGGCUCGGGGACGGCGGCGGUGCGGCAGCAGCGCGAGGUGGCUGCAACGCCUGAACCCAGGACUGAACCAGAAUCCCACUCGGUGGAGCCAGUAGACGCCCAAACCGUGGCUGCGGAGCCUGUGGAUGACACACAGCUGGUGGUGCCCAGCAGGUCCAAGGAAUCCACGGUGGAUUUGGCCACCAUUGCUGAUCCUUGGGCCGAGGUGUCAGAUGAGCUUGCCAUGGCUCGGAUCAAAGAAGAGGACUGGGAGGUCAUCGAGGCGGAAAAUGAAGCAGCUGCAGCUUGUCAGCUGAACGCCAAAGACACAGAGAUGCAGAAAUUUCAGCCGAAGGAUGACCAGCGUCGAUGGCUGGUGGCUGCUGAUUUCUCUGAGAACCAGCUGACCUCGGUGGAGGCUUUGGGGGGACCCAUGUGGUUAAGGCAUUUGAACCUCGGCAUGAAUCCGAUGGAGUCCUUGAAUGGCUUGAGCAGCGCCUUUCCAAGGCUGCUGGUGCUGGACGUCAGUUUCAUCGAGCUGCCUUCAGUGGCCGGUGCAUGGCAGGCGCUGGCGGAGCUGUCGAAGCUCCGGCGGCUGGUGGCGGAGGGCUGCAGCCUUUGCAGCUUCGAAGACUGGGAGGAGCUGCCUAGUCUGAAGACGUUGGAAGUAAAUGACAAUGCCAUUGAGGAACUGGAAGAGUUGGAAAUCUUGGCCAAGAAGUGCAAAGGCCUUCUGGAGCUGGACUUCAGAGAGAAUGAAGUGGCUGAAAAGCCGGGCUAUGCAAAGAAAAUUGCUAAGUUUUUUCCAAAUCUGACAUGGCUGGACAACCAGUCCCGCAAGAAGUAUGUGGCCAAAGGAGCAGAUGCCACGUACUCAGCGGACGCUUUGAAGGAGAAGGAUGUCACCGCUGUGGAUGGAAUGUUCAAGAAUGAGUCGUGCUCGUGCUUGGAAGGCAAUCCAUGCCUGGACAGGGCCACCUGCAAAGAUUGGGCGAACCGAGAAAAGGUCGCAGCAGAAGCGCGGAAAAGGAAAGGUCUUCGAGACGACUCAGGCAAGAUGUUGUGAGCCCACAGUGGCAAGCUACUUGGCGCCAUCCAUUGUUCUAGAGCAUGGCCCCUGCUUGCUGCUUCCAACCAUGAUGAGCGGGCUUUGUCUCACACACCUGGAAGCGAUAUGGUUGCUGCUGGGUGGAAAAACGGGCAGGUGGCUUCGGAUGGAUUUAUCUAUACUCCUCAACUCCGGUAUGGAAUCACAUGGGCCCACAGCACACACGGAU